AUGAAGACUUUCCUCAUCCUUGCCCUCCUAUCCGUGGUGGCAACCAUGGCUAACGCCACUGUGGAGCUUGACCAUACAGAACAAUCAUUUCCACAACCCCAUCAACAGUUUCCGCAACCCCAACAACCAUUUCCCGAGCAGCAACAACCAUGUGUGCAGCAACAACAACAAGUUUUCCAACCAAUUGUACAACAACUGUUGAACCCGUGCCGAGAUUUCCUCGUGCAGCGGUGCAACCCAGUGGCGAUGGUGCCGUUCCUCCGGUCGCAGAUCCUGCAACAAAGCAGCUGCGAGGUGAUGCGACAACAAUGUUGCCAGCAGUUGGUGCAAAUCCCCAAGCAACUCCAGUACCCUGCCAUAUAUAGCAUCGUGAACUCUGGCUUCAGCAUCGUGAACUCUGGCUUCAGCAUGCAGCAACAACAACAGGGUCAGGGCUUAUGCCAGCCUCAGCCACAACAAGCGGGCCAAGGAUUCAUCCAAGCUCAUGAUCUAGCUAAGUUCGAGGCGAUGAGGAAUUUUGCGCUACAAACCCUGCCGGCGAUGUGCAAGGUGCAGGUUCCAUUGUACUACUCCACCUCCCCGUACGACGUCAUUGCUAUUUAG